AUGAAUAAAGGAUAUAUUAAGGUUGUUUUGGCACUUUUAAGUGUCAUUGGAUAUAUGCAAAAUGUAGCAUUUGCAAGCGAACACGAUCCAAGCGCCAAUUCUUCAAAUGAAACAAGUACACAAGUAUUAUCGACGAAUCCUGAAGAAGCUAAACAAGCAGCAAAUAUUAUGGCAGAGGCUUUAAAUAUUGCAAAAAAGCUUUCCAAACGUACAAAGGAACACAGUGUAUAUAGUACCGUAGAUAAUGUAACUCUAUAUGUAAAGGAUGUAAACAAUGCUGAAGUUGGAUUACUCGAAUUUACAAUCCCUAACCCCGAUUGUUAUGCUAAUGUAGUAGACUUAAUAUGGGAUCCCAAUGGCGCAGUACACAUCGAUGAAAAAUUCAUUGAAGGAUCCACUCCUCAAAUAUAUAAUGAAAAUUUAGUAGUUAUACAACAACGUUAUGAAAGUGCUAUUGGAUCAUGCCAAAGAUAUUAUCAUGCAUUAGCCUCCAAAGUUAAAUUAUCAGAUGACGAAACUGCAAUAGUCAUGGCUUCAUCAAAUAUGAAUGAUCAUGAUGGUUAUUACACUAAUUCCAAAUAUGUAAAUCCUAUCUUAAAGAGUAUAAACUCAUUCUCUCCUGAUAUUAAUUCUCAAGAAGAUAUUAGAAAUGGAAAAUUAUACAAAAUGUAUAUUAACUUAAUGGCAUUUUUCAUUAAAAAGGAAGCCAAGGGUGUUAAAGUUACCCAUAUCAGCUCUGUUGAUGCAAACGUUAAUUGGCUUUUAUCAUUAGCUGCUAGAAGUGCUAAAGCCACCAAAAUGUUCAAUUUUAUCAAACUAAGAGAUAUUUUUAAAAAGGAAUAA